AUGGUUGUUCACCUUGCAAGUUUGCUAUCCACAUUGAAUGUGUAUGGCAGCUAUUACUGUACAGAUUGUAAUGUCAUAUUCCAUGUGAAGUGUGUGAUGAAAUACAGUGGUUGGUAUUGUGUUGUUUCACCUGAAAAUGAAGAUGAGAAACCUCUUGAUGUUAACUCCAUCACUAAUAUUCUUGAGAGGAACGACACCGGAGAAGCCACGUUAAUAGAACAUUUCAAGCAUAAUCACUACUUAACAUUAAGUGACAAAAGCAGAGAGUUCGAUGAUAAAUGUUGUGAUGGGUGCAUGUUAUUGGUCUUGGAUCCGUUCUAUUAUUGUUCUCGGUACGACAUUUUCGAAUGUGAACGAUGCGAUUGGGUUUCUAAUGGCUUUGCGUAUAGAUGUAAUGAAUGUGGAAGUCGCAUGUGCCUUCGAUGUGCCACUCUUACUCCUGAUUCUCUGACAUGUCCAGGACACCAACAUCCCCUUCUUUUCUAUAUAGACGAGGAAGGGAAGUGUAGUGCUUGUGGCGAGAAUAGCGAGCCGAUAUAUUGUUGUAAAGAUUGCAAGUAUUCUGUAGAUCUUCGGUGUAUUCGACUGCCAGAGAGAGUAAGACACAAAUGCGACGAUCAUCUCCUUGCACUCACUUAUCACGAGGUCAAUGAUUAUUCAAAGCACCAUUGCUGUGACAUUUGUGAGCGAAAAACGGAUCCAGAACUCUGGUUUUAUCAUUGUGCUACUUGUGAUACUUCUGCUCACGUAAACUGUGUUCUCGGAAAAUAUCCAUUUAUCAAAACCUGGAGGGAUCAUCCACACCCUCUCACAUUUGUAAGGAAGAUAAAUUCCUACCCAGAAUGCACUCAAUGUGGUAAGCCCUGUGAAGGUCUAGCCCUUGAAUGUGCAGAGCCUGAGUGCAACUACAUUGUUCAUUGGCAAUGUAUAAACCCAGAUGGCUCUGAUAGCAGUUUAUCUUCCGGAGACGAUUCGGACGAGUGA